CAAGUAAGCUGGAACGUCGUAGGGCUUCAAGGUUGGGGCAUCAGUGAGGGCGGCCCAUUCUAUGCAUGCCAAAAGCGCAAAAGGUCAGAAAAUGAAACAAGACAAGAAAAAGAAGCAGAAUAGGCAAGAACUUUCCGCCGGAGGAUUUUCCUGCAAAAACGUGGACAAUACCACAGGAGAAACUACCAAGAACAAAAAAAGGGGAGACGCGAGGCAGGGCAUGGAACUAGUUCAGCAAAGUCGUCGCAGGACUUCAGGG